UCAUCAUCAUCAUGCUGCUUGUGUUGGUUUCUCUCAUCUUUGCAUCAUGUCAGUUUGGGGAGACAAAGACAAGAAAUGUCCUUUUAAUAAUUGCUGAUGAUGCAGGUUUUGAGACGGAGGUGUAUAACAAUUCUGUGGUCCACACACCCCACCUGCGCUCUCUGGCCCAGCGUAGCCUGGUGUUCAGCAACGCCUUCACCUCUGUCAGCAGCUGCUCCCCCAGCCGCUCCACCAUCCUCACCGGCCUGCCACAGCACCAGAAUGGCAUGUACGGUCUUCACCAGGGUGUUCACCACUUCAACUCAUUUGAUGGCGUGCAAAGUUUGCCGCUGCUGCUCAGCCAAGCCAACGUACACACAGGUAUAAUUGGGAAGAAGCAUGUCGGACCUGGAACUGUAUACCCUUUUGAUUUUGCCUACACAGAGGAGAACAACUCUGUCCUUCAGGUGGGGAGGAACAUCACCCGCAUCAAACUCUUGGUCCGCAAGUUUUUCCAGACCCAUAAAAAGAAAGAAGAAAGAGAGAGGCCCUUUUUCCUUUAUGUUGCCUUCCAUGACACCCACCGUUGUGGACACUCGCAGCCUCAGUAUGGAGCGUUCUGUGAGAAGUUUGGGAAUGGUGAAAUGGGGAUGGGUAGAAUACCUGACUGGACACCAGAAUAUUACACACCAGAACAAGUGAAGGUUCCUCCUUUUGUGCCGGACACACCUACAGCACGAGCUGACUUGGCUGCACAGUACACCACGGUGAGCAGACUGGACCAAGGUAUUGGUUUGGUGCUUCAGGAGCUCAGAGACGCUGGUUAUGAGAACGACACUCUGGUCAUCUACAGCUCAGAUAACGGCAUCCCCUUCCCUAACGGCAGAACCAACCUUUAUCGCUCGGGGACAGCAGAGCCUAUGCUGGUGUCCUCUCCUGAACACAGGGAGCGAUGGGGAGACACCAGCCCGGCCUACGUUAGCUUGCUGGACAUCACUCCCACCAUUCUUGACUGGUUCUCUGUUCCGUACCCGUCCUACACCCUCCCUGGAAGCCCUGCCGCCCCAGUCCACCUCACCGGUCGCUCCUUACUGCCUGCUCUGGUCACUGAGCCCAGCAGCUGGCACACUGUCUAUGCCAGCCAGUCCCUCCACGAGGUAACCAUGUACUACCCAACCCGCUCUGUCCACCAGGGGGCGUACCACCUUCUCCACAACCUACACUAUCGCAUGCCCUUCCCCAUCGACCAGGACCUGUAUGUGUCACCCACCUUCCAGGACCUGCUGAACCGCACCAGGCUGAGUGAGCCCACACACUGGUUCAAAAGCCUGGAGCAGUACUACUACAGAGAGCGCUGGGAGCUGUACGACUCCAGGGCAGACCCGCUGGAAACGAAGAACCUGGUAUCAGACCCAUCCUACAGCUCCGUGCUGGAGAGCCUGAGGCAGAGUCUGCAGAAGUGGCAGUGGGAGACGGGAGACCCUUGGGUCUGUGGACCUGACUACGUCCUGGAAGACAAACUAGAGCCGCACUGCAGACCGCUCUACAAUGGACUCUGAUUGACUCUAAUGGUACUUUUACUCAUCUUGAUUGACAUGAUGUCCGCAUACAUGAACACAUUCUUAUGAAAUAAAUAACAUUUAUUUUUGUAUGUCAGUGCUGCUUUUAGGGCUCAAAAAUAAAAAAAAACUCAAAUUG